GGGGUUCCGGGAACCGGCCGAGGCGGGGCAAGAAAGCGGGCCGCCGCGCUGGUCGCUGAGACUCUGGCAGCCCCACAACCCUGUGCUUCCGUCUGUCCAUUAGUCCGUCUGUCCGUCCAACCAUGGCUGCGCCGGUCUCGGCACGACCGACCCUGUUGCUGUUGCUGCUGCUGCUGUUAUCGCCGCCUCCGGGUGCCCACGGCGAGGUGUGCAUGGCUGCUCCUGGAAGCAACCUAUUCCCUGAGUCCUGUCCUGAUUUCUGCUGUGGUUCCUGUUUUGACCAAUACUGCUGUUCUGAUGUGCUGAAGAAAUUCGAGUGGAAUGAAGAAAUGUGUGCUGUACCUGAGACCAGUGCACCCAUCCACACGGAGCCACUGGAGCAGCUGGGCUCAGCGCUGAGGUUUGGAUCUGGCUUUGACAGCGACCCCAUGUCAGGGUUUGGAGCAACUGUAGCCAUCGGCCUCACCAUCUUUGUGCUCUCUGUUGUCACCAUCAUCGUCUGCUUCACCUGCUCCUGCUGCUGUUUGUACAAGAUGUGCCGCCGACCACGUCCCGUUGUGACCACCACCACUGCCACCACUGUGGUGCAUGCACCUUACCCUCAGCCUCCAAGUGUGCCCCCUAGCUAUCCUGGACCAACAUACCAGGGCUACCAUCCCAUGCCCCCGCAGCCAGGGAUGCCAGCAGCACCCUACCCGACACAGUACCCACCACCCUAUCCAGCCCAGCCCGUGGGCCCACCAGCCUACCAUGAGACCUUAGCUGGAGGUGCAGCCAUGCCAUACCCUGCCAGCCAGCCUCCUUAUAACCCGGCCUACAUGGAUCCCCCAAAGGCAGCCCCCUGAGUUUGCCUCUCUAGCUGCCACUUGAUUAUGUUGUGUGUGAGUGGUGUGCAGGCACAGUUCUUUACUGCCCUGUGUGUGGUGUGUGUGUCCUGUCUAGACACGUGGCUUCCUCUGAUACUGACCAGGUAGGGAACAAUCCUUGCCAGAGUAGGCUGGGACCAAACUUUUGCUUCCUCACUUGAAAUCAUGCUUCCUGAAAUCUCAAGCAUAUUUAAAAAAUGGGGUAGGUCUUUUCCAACUCACUCCAGGGUUACCAGGUUCAGUCUGUCACAUUAGGAUUGCAAUUUUUAUGGGCACCAUGGGCCAUGUAUUCUGGUUUUAGGAAUGGCCAGUUGCUGCUCAAAAUCAUGGCUUUUUCCUAGGGUUUGGGUUACCCUUUGCAGAGCCUGUGCUGUGAAGCAGGCAAGUAGACAAAGUAUGGGAUCUGGCUGAAGCUCAGUGCUUUGGGUAGGUGUCCCUGGAGUGGGUGCCAUACUCAGUGGAGGUUGGUCGGCUCCUGAUGUCAACACACCCCAGGCACAGUCCCAUCUACCUGACAGCUCUCUAUCUGGACUGUCCUUCCAUCCUUCCUGCAGGGCCAGAUGCACUCAUGAUUCCUACCACCAGUGGGGAAGCUGUCCCCCUUGCUGCCCGGCCCCUGCCACAGGUGGGCAAGGGGGCCUUUCCACCAACACACUCAGGUAUCCUUCCUGCAGUGUUUUUUACUUUUAGCCAAAUAUUUUGCCUGUUUUCUGUUUUAAGAUGUGUGAUAGUUGAUGUGAAGCUGAAAUGUAUGGAGAGAAACUGAUCCACAACCUAACCUCUGAUACUCUGUUUCCCCUGGUCCUAGCCUGAUAGGAAUAUCCAACUCAUAUACCCCAAUCUAUAGUUGUCCUAGCAGUAGGGACACCAGGGCCAAGGGACCAUCUGGACCAAAGGUGAGGGUGGGGGCUUCGGUGGCAGCUCUGACCCAGAUACAAAUACCUCGGUGUACCCUGCCCCUGUUAAUGUUUGACCAGGUCUGUUUUAGCUUUCAAUCUGUUAAUGUGUUUCUAAGAGUCUAGAGUCUGCACCCUUGUUUAUAAUAAAAACAAAUAUUCAGA